GAAUUCAUCUGAAUAACUUGUCAAAGAACUAAGACGACUUCCUGGUUUGAUUGCUUGGAGGCUGCUUCUCCUUCACUUGGAAGUCUUUACUGUGAUGGACCCAUACAUGAUUCAGAUGCAUGACAAUGGCAACCUCCCCUCAGUUCUGGAUGUACAUGUCAACAUCACUGGGAGAAGCUCUGUCCCGGGAAAAAUGAAAGGCAGGAAGGCCAGAUGGUCCGUGAGGCCCUCGGAUAUGUCCAACAAAACUUUCAAUCCCAUCCGGGCCAUUGUGGACAGCAUGAAGGUGAAGCCAAAUCCAAACAAGACCAUGAUUGCUCUGUCACUUGGGGACCCGACUGUGUUUGGAAACCUGCUGACAGAUCCUGAAGUUAUCCAAGCAAUGAAAGAUGCUCUGGACUCGGGGAAGUAUAACGGCUAUGCCCCCUCCACUGGCUACUUAUCCAGUCAGGAGGAAGUUGCUUCUUAUUACCGCUGUCCCGAGGCACCCCUGGAAGCUAAGGAUGUCAUUCUGACAAGUGGCUGCAGUCAGGCCAUUGAACUGUGUUUAGCUGUGUUGGCCAACCCAGGGCAAAACGUCCUAGUUCCCAGACCCGGCUUCUCUCUCUACAGGACUCUGGCUGAAUCUAUGGGAAUCGAGGUCAAACUCUACAAUUUAUUGCCAGAGAAGUCUUGGGAAAUUGACCUGAAACAACUGGAAUCUCUGAUUGAUGAAAAGACAGCUUGUCUUGUUGUCAAUAACCCAUCAAACCCUUGCGGGUCAGUGUUCACUAGAAGUCAUCUCCAGAAAAUUUUGGCAGUGGCUGCAAGGCAGUGUGUCCCCGUUUUAGCUGAUGAGAUCUAUGGAGACAUGGUGUUUUCAGAUUCCAAAUUUGAACCUCUUGCCACCCUCAGCAGCAACGUCCCCAUCCUGUCCUGUGGAGGGCUGGCCAAGCGCUGGCUCGUUCCUGGCUGGAGGAUGGGCUGGAUCCUCAUCCAUGACCGAAGAGAUAUUUUUGGCAAUGAGAUCCGAGAUGGCCUGGUAAAGCUGAGUCAGCGGAUCUUGGGACCCUGCACCCUUGUCCAGGGAGCUCUGAAAAGCAUCCUGCGUCGCACCCCUCAAGAGUUCUACCACAACACUCUAAGCUUCCUCAAGUCCAAUGCGGAUCUCUGCUACGGGGCGUUGGCUGCCAUCCCUGGACUCCGGCCCAUCCGCCCUUCUGGGGCCAUGUACCUCAUGGUUGGAAUUGAGAUGGAACAUUUCCCAGAAUUUAAGAAUGAGGUGGAGUUCACGGAGCAGUUAGUUGCUGAGCAAUCCGUCCACUGCCUCCCAGGAACAUGCUUCGAGUACCCAAAUUUCUUCCGAGUGGUAAUCACAGUCCCUGAAGUGAUGAUGCUGGAGGCCUGUAGCCGGAUCCAGGAGUUCUGUGAGCAGCACUACCAUUGUGCUGAAGGGAGCCAGGAGGAAUGUGAUAAAUAGGAUGGAAUCCAUUCUCCUGAGUAUGUGUCCCCUCUGGCUGGGGAGAGCUGGACUGAGCCCUGCUGCUCCUCAGGGAGUCAGGUACCUCUGCUGGGAGAGGGGGCCUUGCAAACACCAUGUCAAGGGCUCAGAAUUGCUCCAGCUUUCCCCCAGCUAUAUCCACACACACACUCUAAACCCCAGAUUUCAUCUCACUCUGCUCUUUUGGAAUGACUACUUCAUUAACCACCCCCCCCCCCCCAUAUGACUUUCUCCUUUUAUCUUGAGAGUACCAGGUGAACAAAGUUACCCUGGAAAUAGAAGAGACAAGAAAAUUAACAGCUCAGGAUUAGAGAAACAAAAGAUUGAGAGAACUCCUGCCCACCAUUUCCCCUUACUCUAGGUAAGAACACACUCUCCAGUCAGAUCUGAAGCCCAACUCUGCUUCUGGCUCACUUCAGGUAUACCUCACUGUAUGCAAUACUAUAGUGAAAGAAGUUGGGGACACAUGUAUUUGGUUAAUUCUAAACACAUUAGGAAAAUUUGCCCAUUUGAAGGAUCACUUACAGAACCUUUUCAUUGAUUUUUUUUUGUGGAGAAUUAUUUUGUGAUAUAAAGAAAUUUAAUUGAUGAGUUUCUAAAUAUAGAUAUAUGUGUAUCAAGCUUUCUUAAAAUGAAGGCACAUCUGUACUAAGAAAAGGAGGAAUCAGAGGACCUUCCAGAAAUGCUGCUGUGUAAGGGCCAGAAUUAUCUUCACUCGUUACUGUUAUAGAAUCAUUAUUACUUUUGCUAUAACAUUGAUAUUGAUUUAUUGAUAUAUAUAUUAUCUAUUCAUAUGUUUUCUAAGAAACAUUUAUAUUGACAAGAUCUUUUAUUUUGCCAAGGGCAUAAAUUAUUGUUUUUCUUUUUUAUUUUAAUAAAUUUUACUAAGUAUUCUC